UUAGAACGAAGAGGCAUGGUUUCACGGAGGUGACCUACACUUUGAAACAGUAAUGUAACAAAGCUUCUAAUCUUGCAAUAGCAUACUGUAUGUCAUUGGGGUGGCUGUUAUUUAGCUUUGCAACGUAGCCAAAACGUAUCUUCUAACAGUUAUAAUUCAGCUUGAAUACCCACGCUACUGAGAGCAACCUUUGAGAUGGCAGAGGCACAUCAAGCUCGUGUACAGAAAACCAUAGAGGAUAUGGUUCAAAGUUUAGAACGGGACCACAUCCGCAAGAUGCAAGUAAGUGGUCAUGGAAAUGCAAUUUCAGCUAUGUUCAAUACAUACAAUGUAAUCCAGUAUAUUGUGCAGUGCAUUAUCUACCAACUUCAGUUUUACAAAUCGCCCUCAUUCUCCAAGUAUAGAUAAUUUGCCACCUUUUAUUGACAACACGUAGGCUUCUAUCAGGUGCACAGUUCAAAUCUUUCUUGUGCAUGUACCCAGGGACUCAUGUUCAAGUGCAGUGCAGAGUGUUGCGAGCGCUCCACAGACUCCAUGUCGCAGGUGCACAAUUGUAUUGAACGCUGCCACACUCCUCUGGCGCAGGCCCAAGGACUAGUGACCAAUGAACUAGAGAAAUUUCAGGUGAGUUUCAUGUGGUGUUAUUAUGUGCUUGAUUAUCAUGACAAAACAUACAGAGAAUGUGUAGUAAUUAACAUUCUGUCUCCCCAUGCCCAGGACCGGCUGACCAGGUGCACCAUGCACUGCAAUGACAAGGCCAGGGACCUGUUUGACUCUGGGGCCAAGGAGCCAGCCGUGCGGGCCAUGAUGGAGAACUGUGUGGGCAGCUGUGUGGACGACCACGUCAACCUGAUCCCCAGCAUGACGCACAGACUCAAAGAGAACCUGGACUCUAUUCCACAGUGAGGAGGAGGGAAGAGCUUACUUCAGAUGCAUGAUACAGCCUGGACUCCAUACUACAGUGACAAAGGGGUUCAUAAAGUUUACUCUGUCAUCUCAGACUCUAAUAACAGUGAGGAAGUAUAAACAGCAGACUCAAAGAUGACAGUGAAAAAGAGAGUUAGAAAUGGCAGAUCCAAUACCUCAGUGAGGGAAAGGGACAUGGGGGUUGUACAGCUUGCAGGAAUUAGAUUUGGGUCCUGGUAAAAGAUUAAUUCGAGUCCAUGCUGUCAGGGAGGGUGGGGGAUAUACUCCCGCUCAGAGUCAAAGAAACUACACAUCCCCUGCAAACUGACUGUAUGUUUCUAUGUAGCACUUACUGUUUAUUGGUUGAACCUACAGACCAGACAGCCAGCUGAACUUACUCAGCAGACCUAUGCCAUUACAGAACUGUCUAACAUACAAAAUACCGGUAACUAUGUGUGAAGGUAUUUAUUACUUGUCCUGAUAGCCUAGCUGUUGUAUGAUUGGAGUCUUUAUUCUGCCUCAGUGCUCUGAAUAUUUGCAACCUGUUCCUCUAUCCUCUAGCAUGAUCUCUGUGAUGUUUGUUUUGUGUGAACUACGCAUGUUCUGUGAUUGUCUUUCCCUCCAUCACUAUUUCAGUUUUUAUAUGAAAAUUCAAGCAGAUGGUAAAAAAGGAUGGAAUUGCAUUGGGAUUGACUUUUAGCCUGAAUUAUCCUUUACCUAGCUGUCUUUUGGCAAUUCAUCAGAACAUUUUCAGUAGAGUUGAACUUGAUAGUAAUGCACCAACACACACCUUAUAAACAUCCAGCUUUUGAAAAUGCACGUUUUAAUAACGAUAAACAUGGUGGAAUAAUCUCUGUAUAAUGUACAAAUGGAUGCACAGACACUAAUGGUAAAAAACGAAUUGACAUUAUAUGAGUGAGGAUAUUACAGCAUUAUAUAAUGAAUGACUGCAAAGACAAGUGUAAAGGUAAGCCAUCACUGUAGAUCAAACUGACAGUAGAUCAAUACAAUACUGCCAUGCCAAAAUAAAUAUAUUUGUCCAACACACCUUACAAUACAUUAUGGCAUGUAUAUUACAAUUAUAUCUAAAAUUGAGAUUAAACCUAUGUUUUGAAGAAAGAAAAUAAGUGUGCAAAGCUGUUAUCAAGGCAAAGGGUGGCUACUU